AUGACUUCCAUCUUCGACCUGUCUAGCGCCAAACGGGUGCGCCGCGACGACCUUCGAUCGCCACACGAGUCCCCGCCAUCGACGCCAGCUCGAGACAUCCAAGACCUCCAAGACAUCCAAGACCUCCAAGACCUCCUGCGCCAGCGCAUAGCUACCGAAUUCACCUUCACCACCGCCGAGCACGAUGCUGCUGAUGCCCCCGAUGCAGUCCAGAGCGACGAGGACGAGGACGAGGACGAGGCAGAACUGCGCCUGUUCGCCGCCCCAGCCAACGCUGCCCCGUCGACCUCGAAAGUCAGGCUCACCUCGCCUGGCUUGGAUAAGGGAGACGGAUCAGGCUUCUUGCUGAAGAAGCCCAAGAGCUACUACUUUGCCGACGAGCCCACCAGCGACGAAGAGCUGGCGCUGCAGGCCUCUGCCAUCGAUGGGCACACCGUGCUGGAGCUGUCGCGACUGCCCUGGCCCGCCUGUGCCCUGCCCUGGAAGGUGCGCACCCUCACACCAGCCGGCAUGAAGAAGGCAGUCCUCGUUGGACACCCCCCAGUGUUGGCCACCGUACAAGACAAGGACCACAAGCGAACACGCAAGGGCAAGAAGGCACGCAUUGCACUGAGGAAGAAGAAGCAGGCCAACAAGGAAAAGCAGGACGAGAGGGCCAAGCUGGCCGCCGAGAAGGAAGAAGCCGAGCGCGAGAAGAGGACCAGGCGUAACAGGGAGAAGAAGGUCAAGAAGAAGGCCAAGGCGCAGGCGAAGAAGGUCGAGGGCGAAGGCACAGCAGAGGCCUCGAUUGAACAGAUACCAGGCGAUGCAGACACAAGCAUGCAGGAUUGA